AUGAUUUCUCGCUAUGAUCUUCAAGACAGCACCGAUAUCCCAAUCAAGCCGCCCCCCUUCCGGGGAGAUUUUGCAGAGGAUGGUCUAUCGUCUCCAAGUAUAUCCAGCUCCGAUGACUAUCUGGAAGGUUUCUUGAGGCCUGCAGAUGCACAGGACGACAUUCCCAUUGACCUGGUAAUCCUGGCCAGCCACGGGUCUUGGGAGGAUAUGGACCUCCAGCUAUCAGUCCCACAAGUCGCCGAUAGCCUCAUCAAUUCCGAGACGAUUUGUCCUUAUCCUGACCCUCCGCCUGUUCCUCACAACCCAAUUGGUCAUUCUCGAGAUCCCAGCGAAGGGGCUAGUGGCCAGAAUGACAGCCCUCCGCCAAGUGACCACCCUCAUAUCCCUGACAGUCAACAACUGCGCCCCUCCUCCCAACAAGACACCGGCCCCGACGAAUCCUACUCUAACAGCUCCCGUGGAAAUCACCACGUCAGUGGAAAAUCCACUGGUACCAAGCGAAAGACACAACAAUUAGAUGAGGGCGCUCGGAAACGGUCUCGAGCUCGCUCCACAUUGCCCUCCAAGGAGAACUCCUUCACUGCCCUUCGUUCUCAUUUUGUAUCUCUACCACUCGACGAGCGUUUGCAGUUUCUCUCUUGGCUAUUUGAAGGCGCUUUGUCACGUUGCAUGUCAGACUGUGAACAAGGAGAUGCAUGGUCAACCAGUCACUCGACUCUCCCUGGUGCGAUUGAACAAGCACGGCGAGGUAGCACAGAGGUCCAAGGAAGCUCAAGGAAGCGUACAGAAUGGUCUCCGGAAGAGUCGGACCUUCUGCUGAAGCUGCGAAAAGACGAGAAACGGCCAUGGGCAGAGGUCACGAGGUUAUUCUCGGAGGAAUAUCCAGGAAGAAGUUCAGGCGCGAUCCAGGUAUACUGGAGUACGACCCUUAGCAAGAAAGAGGAUUAA